AACAUGUCUCCUUGUUGCUCUCUAACAUCUUUCAUCGCAUCAUUUUGAAACCCAAAUUGUGCUAAUGUUCUUCUUCUGCUCUUAUUUCAGCUUGGAAAUUGAUUGAAGACUCUCCGUAAGAUUUAUUAUGGCAUCAAAGCUGUCAUCUCCCUCAACAGAGGAGCAGGCUUCCUCUGAGAUAGAUGAUCUCUAUCUAUCACUGCAAGUGCAGCGAGAGUCUACCCAGAAGAAAACCUUCACUAGCUGGAUAAAUUCAAUACUGGCAAAGCAUACACCUCCUUCUGUUAUCUCAGAUCUGUACACAGACAUACAGAAAGGACAUUUACUUUUGGAUCUGUUGGAAGUGCUUUCAGGUCAACAUCUGUCCCGGGAAAAAGGAUUUAAUACCUUCCAGUGCAGAAGCAACAUAGAAAAUGCUUUGACAUUUUUAAAGAGCAGAUCACUCAAGCUCAUAAAUAUUCAUGUUGCUGACAUUAUUGAAGGAAAACCUUCCAUUGUGCUUGGCCUAAUUUGGACAAUUAUAUUUCAUUUUCAUAUUGAAGAACUUGCCAGGACACUUGCUUGUACUUACAAUCAGCCAUCUCUUGAUUGUUCAAGUGCUGWUGACUCCUCUCCAAAGGCAAGCAGAUCAGUUAAAAAAAGUGCAAAAAUUAAGGAACGGUGGAAGAUCUCUGCAACAAAGGCCCUUUUGUUAUGGGCAAAAGAGCAAUGUUCACUGCAUGGUUCUAUCAGUGUGACUGAUUUCAAGUCAAGCUGGCGAAGUGGAUUGCCUUUUUUGGCUAUCAUCCAUGCCUUAAGACCAGGCCUAGUUGACAUCGAGAAGGCAAAAACUAGAACCAAUAAAGAAAAUCUGAAAGAGGCUUUCAGAAUUGCGGAACUUGAGCUGAAUAUUCCUCGACUUCUUGAACCUGAAGAUGUUGACGUUAUGAAUCCAGAUGAAAAAUCAAUCAUGACUUACGUGGCUCAGUUUUUGCAGUACUCCAGGAAWUUACCUGUGUCUGAAGAAGACAUGCAGGGAAAAGUAAGAGACACCGUAAGUUGGUUGGCUGCACAAGGAAAGAAAUUGGAGAAGUUACUGAUUGACACUGAGAGUGAAACAUAUUACCAAAAGUACAAAGAAAUGAUGUCAUUUAUGGAAGCAUUUAACCAAGAAAAAAAAGCCUUUCUGCCUGUGUUGUCAUCCAAAGCAAGCGUGGCCGAGCUAAGUGAAGAUCAGCACCAGAUGAGAGAAGAGUGGCAUAAACUGGUCUCUCAGAUUAAUGAAUGGAAAAUAAAGCUGGACCAGAUGCUGCCCCCGCCUCUAGAUGGCAUUGAGGCCUGGCUUCAGGAGGUUGAACAUCUGCAGGCAGAUGAUUUGCCUGAUUUGCAGGACCCCUUUAAAGCAAUGUCUCUCUUCAGAGAAAUAAUUGUAAUAUUUAAGGGCUUGAUGGAUUGUUUUGAUUCUCACUUGGACACCCUUCAAUCCUUCAAGAAUGAAGAUGAGAAGAAUAUGCCACUAGUACUGCCUGAGAAGCUAGAGGAAAUGAAACGAAGAUUCAGUAAUAUUCAGUUCACAAACUCCGACACCUUUCUUGAAUACCACUGUGGGCUGUGCUCAGCUAUUGCCAAUGAGGUGAUGUUGAAGCUAAAUAUCUGGAACAUGAAAUAUGGGACAAAAGAGUCAGUGGAAUCACUGUUGGAAGACUGGAAUAAUUUCAUUGAAGAAAAGAAACUUGAAAAACAGCUGGAAACUGCUGCUCACAUCUGUGAAGAUUUGAAAAAGCAAAACCUAAGCAGGCCUGACUUGGCUGGUGAUCCUCAAGAAAUUAACAAACUUUUUAAGACAGUGGAGUCAAAGAUUUCCAUGUGCAGAGACUAUAUUUCUAAUGUAAAUGGUACCUUAAAGAAAGUCCUGACUUCCUGGAGUAAUUACACAGAAAACAUCCAYUUACUGAAGACGUGGCUGGAAGAAAAACGAAACGAGCAGCCAGAAGAGAUCCCAGCUGAGAUUCUGACAAACUGGAAUUCAGUGCAUGGCUCCUUAAAUGAAGCUGGAAAUUAUCUCAUUGAAGUUAGCAAAGAGCAAGUUGGAUCAAAUAUUGCCAAAGAACUGAAGAAACUGAACAGGAGAUGGGCUAAGUUCAUCAAGAGGACGCAAUUUCUCGUCGAAGAGAGCACAGAUGCUGCUGAAAAGGCCGGGGGGCUCCCAGAGAGUGUGGAGAAAAUCGAGGUGCUGCUCAAAGGGGUGGACAGCUGGRCAGCCGAACUUGAGCAGCUGCUCGGCCAGAUCCAUCACAAGGGACGUGUGGAACCUGAGGCAGACGAGCAUUUGCAGAGCUUGGCUGCAAGAGGAACCUCGAGCCAGGAGCAAGUUGUGGCAGCGGAAGAGAUCUUGCAAUCCCUGAUGCAAAAUGCUUCCAGUCAGGUGUCCCAGCAGCCUUUUCAUGCCACUGGGCUGCAGGCACGAAUUAAAGAAGCCAAAGCCAAAAUUGAGGCUGCCAUGGGUGACAUAGGUGAUGUCUUGCCCAAAUCUGAGAAGAGAGCCUCAGAAAAGGAGAUUUUGCUCAAUUUUGAAGAGUCCCAGAAAGACCUUGAAGCCUCUAUUUCAAAGGUGGUGCAACUUGUCAAUCAAAAAUUAAGUCCUGAAGAAAAUAUUUCAAGAUACGAGGAAGCUUUCCAUGCUUUGGACAAUAAUGUUCUUGACAAAUUUUUAAAAGCAGCUGAACAACUGAAAAAUAUUUCAUCUGAUCAAGAAAAACUAGCAGUGGAGGAGAAGAGUAAAGAUCUUCGUAAAAGAUGGGAUGCAGUUCAUCAUGAAAUUACGUCCUGUAUCCAGCUUAUCAUAGAAAGGGAGAAAAAGAAAUUUAAUGCAACUUUCAAGAAAAUCAAUAAGCAAAUAAGUAAAGAGAAGAAACUCCUCAGCAUGGAUAAAACCAAAGGGCUCGUCAAGGAACAUGAGGCCUUCUUCUCACACGAAGGCAGCCUGAAGGAACUUAAAAAGUCAUUAGAAGAUCUUAAAGCUUUGGGAAAACUCACAGAAGCCACUCUCCCAGAUGCACAGACCUUGGUCAYGGAGUGUGAACAAAAGCUGGAAAAGCUUCAGCCCCUUGUGGCAGAUACUUACGCAGCGCUGCUGUCUCACGCUGGAAAAGGACAGACGUCCAAGAAAGAGGGUGCCAUUGUUGCUUCUGAGAAUGGAGAAAAUUCAAGCUCUUCCCAACAAAGGGAUAUCUUUUCAGCACAGGAGACAUCAAGACCUGGUUCAGGUACAGGUUGGGAAACAGAUGUGACCCAUCACAAUGGAGAAAGCUGUGCAAAGAAAUAUGAGGAAGACAGUGAUUUGCCCUUACCAGCUUUACUAGAGAGCUAUAAGAAUCAAAGAAGUAACUUGGAGGAACUUCUACAAAUCAGCAGAGAUAAAGUCGCCUCUGGUUUUACUGAAGAAAUAAAAGGCACUUCCUGCCUUCAGGAUAAGCUACUUGAACUACAGAUCAUAGAGAGUGAAAACAAUUCUGGCUGGAUACAACUGGAAAACAUUGCAUCUACCUUAGAAAAUCUUGUGGAUGAAGUAGAGCUGGCUACUAUAUCUGAAACAAGAAACAAACUGAAAGGAGAAUGGAAAGAGCUUCAGGAUGUUAUAAGUGCCAGAACAAACUCUUUAAGGACUGCUUUGGAAAUUGUUUUGCCGAUAGAGAACGAAUCCAUUCUUCUGUGUGAAUUAGAUCAGCGGCUGAACAAAAAGGACAUCCGGCAGUUUAAUUUGAUGAACAGUGAUCUUGCAUAUAGGGAGCUAAAGGAGCUGCAGAGAUCCAUAUUAAAUCAGAUUGAAGUGUGCAAACAAUUGGAACACCUAGACAGUUCAGCAAGGGAUGAAUUUAAUCCAAUAGAUCUGCAAGCAGCAAGUAAAAUUAUGGUUUAUUAUCAAAACCAGCUUGAAGAAAUGAGCCGAAAGAUGCAGGUCCGAGAAACAGUCUUGAAAGAUCUGGAAACUUUUAUGGCCUCGCUGAGGAACGUUCAGUUUUCCAAUAAACAUCCUAUAGAUCCCUCAGCUCAACCUGAAACACAAGGAAAGGCACUGAGGGAGGCUGCACAAGACCUGUCUCAUAUGGCAGAAGAGGCAAAAUGUUUGGAUGRACGCUUGGCAAGAGUUGAUAUCUGUUUGGAAGAUGCUGAACAUGGGAGAAAAACKUGCUGUGAAAAACUUGUUCUGACUUUAUCUGAAAUGCUAAAUGAGGCCUGUGAUCACUCAACUGAACAGAUGCUUAUGGAAGAGAAGGACUUAAACAAGACUUUUUCCACAAAAAAUAGCGAACUCCUUAAAACCAUCCAGGAUCUACAUGACAGGAUUGACAAAAUAGGCUUGAAGGAUCCAACAAUUCCAGCUAUUCAACAAAGAAUAAAAUCAUUAAGGGAAUUGGAAAAGGAAUUGGAUUGUGCAGCRGUUGAAAUGAAAGCUUUGCGAGAGAUUGCUAAUAAGCUCCCACACAUCAAAGAAGAAAAAGCAGAGGAAGCAAAUGAACAGUGCAGAGUUACAGAGAGUUUAUGGGAGGAUACAAAACUGUUAAUUGCUGAAUGCCAGGAUCAGUGUGCCAGGGCCCUGGAGCUCCUGAAGCAAUACCAAAGCUGCAAAAGUAGCCUGACCAGCAUUAUCCAGAAACAAGAGAUUGUGCUUUCACAGCAGGUUUCCUACAUGGGGAAGGAGAAUUUGAACAGGAUGAUAACAAAGAUUGAAGAGGCAAAAGAGGAAUUUAAUGAUCACGCUGAAGAUGUAGACAGAAUAAAUCAGAUCUGCAAAAACCUUCAGUUCCAGCUCAAUAAAAUGAGAAGCUUUGAGGAACCUCCAUUUGAGAAUGAGGCUAACAUCAUUGUGGACAGAUGGCUGGAUAUCAACGAAAAGACUGAGAACUACUGCGAUAAUUUGGAAAGAGCUCAGGCUUUGUGGGACAAACUUCUUAGUUUAUCCAACACAAUCGAUGCAUGGGCAAAUGCAGAACUGAAGAACAUAGAAGACCGUUCCCUGACCGAAGAAGACCUUACACAGCUGCAGGUCAUCAGAUCAUCCGUUGUGCAUAAAAUGGAGCUAAUAAAAGAGCUCUUGUCGAUGAAGCGGGGGACUAGUGAGCUUGGUGUGAAUACGGCAGAGCUAAAAGGAGACCUUGACCGGGCCAAGACACAGAUUGGGAUGACUGAAUCACUUUUAAAAGCUUUGUCUCCUUCUGAUACAUUAGAGAUCUUCACUAAAUUGGAGGAAAUCCAUCAGAAAAUUCUGCAGCAAAAACACCACGUGACAUUACUCCAAGAAGAGACAGAUUGUCCUGAUGUCGAUGAAUUAAAUAAGCAGCUUAAAUGUGUCACUGAUUUAUUUAAUAAGAAGAAACAUGUUUUUCAAGAUCACUUUAUUGGUGUUUUGAACCGUCAAUGCAAGAAUUUUAAUGACUGGUUCAGCAGCACUCAGCUGUCUUUGAAGGACUGCUUUGACCCUUCAGAAACAAAACAGAUGUUGGAAGAAAAAACACAGAGGCUAAAGCAAUUCYUAACUUCUGAAGGCAAAGAUGGAGAUAUCCAAGAGGUUAAAACUUUAUUGAAUAAGGUGAAACAUUACUUGCCAAAAGCAAGUAUUAAUCACCUUAACAACCAUGUGAGAGAUCAAGAAGCAGAACUGCAAAGAUUGAUCUCCAAAUGUCAGAAACGGGAAAAGGAACUUGCUGCUUCUCUCCAACAGCUCAGUAGCCUUCAAGAGAGCAGCACUGGCUUGGAAGAGUGGCUUGCCACUCAGGAAGAAAAACUGCAAGAGAUUCAGAAAGAUAAGACAAAACUUGAAAGCUAUUAUCAAAUAUUAUUAAUGCAGAGAGAAUCGUUUGACUCCAUGGCUCAGCAAACAAAAUCCUUGAGGGAGACUGGGUUGACAGAAGAUGAAACUGUUUCUGAAGCCACUGCUCUUAUUAAUAGAUAUCAGAUGCUGGUGACACAUGCAAGUGAAAUGGCAGGAGAUACUCAAAGCCAUCUAGCAGAAGAAAACAAUUUUGAAGAACUUGCCCAGGAUGUUUCUUCUUGGAUCAAAAGGCUUGAGGAGGCUGUUAGUAACCUAAGUUCAGAGGAAAGUGAGUCUCCAUCAGAAGAACGAAUUAAUCGGAUAAAGGAAAUCAUAAGUCUCAGAGAURGAGGAGAGGCCAAAAUACGAAACAUGAUAACUCUAGGAGAAACUUUAAUAAGAAAUGAGAAAAUUGAGAAGCCAGUGGUUGAACAGACUAUUUCUGAACUCCAAAAUCRGUGGGAAAGCGCCCUUCAGUUAGCCACAGAAUAUAUAAGCCCUCAAGAACAACUUCAGCUUAACAGAGAGCAAUAUGAGCGAAGCAAAGCAGGCCUGAGACUGGCUCUAACAGACCUGAAGAAACAGCAACAAGAGUUAGGUGUUGCCCUGCAGCCUGGUUUGCAGGAAAAACAAACUCAGUUGACAAAAUAUGCCCAACUUCUGCAGAAGGCAGAGGACUUAAAUUCCCUUUUUAAUGAACUGAAAAGCCAAGAAGAUGACCUGCAGUGUCAUGCUGUGGAUCCCUGCUUCACAGAAGAGUCGUGGUUGGAAUUAAAGCAUCAACAUGAAAAUCUGCUCAGCCAGCUACAGAGCAUAGUGCAGACAUUGGAAAGCCAUGUUCAAGAGCACCAGCUGUUUCAGGAUAUGGUAAAAGACUUGAGCACUGAGCUGAAAACUAUCUCUAAGCAAUUUCCUGAUUACGGAGGUCCAGCAAUGGAAGAAACGUCCACUGAGCAAAAAUCACAGGAACAACGAGAACCUCUUAGUCGAUGUGAAGACACGUUAAGGAAGAUGUUGGUUUUAGCAGAGACUGUUAAACAAAAUACCUCUUCACAGGGACAGAAGUUUAUUAAGGAGGAGAUUGAAACACUUCAGAGUGAGCAUAGGAGUCUGCAGAAAAGRCUUGAAAAUGUCAAGCAAAGGGAUGAAAAUAUGCUCAGUGAAGCCCUUGAAUUAAAGGAUGUGAUUGCUGAAGAAAUACAGGUGGAAGAUAAAGCAGACCYAGAGAGAGAGAUGCAGGUCACUUUUGCUAUCCUUACUGCUGUAGAAGAGGGCCCCAAAGCAGCAGAGUUAAAGGAAGGCUUGGAAAUGCAUAAUGGUCAAGAUGUAAAUGGGAACGUGUCAAAGAAGGAGAAGCAAGAUGUUUCACUUUUGGAGGAAAGCAGUGUAUUGGCAGACAGCCCCUUUCAGGUUAUCUGUCAGACCAAGGAUGGAGAGGACCAAAUGGUUCAGGAGGAGGCUGAAAAAGAAAGCCGAGGUGUGGACAGCGGUGAUGGGGUCCAAGAGGACCUUCUGRACAAUGUGGGUCAAGGUGGUGACACAGAGUGGAAAAGGCAGCAAGAUGUUGGUGCUGAAGGUGAUGAAACAAGAAAGAAAACAAGUCCAGUGGAGAAGAAACCUGAUGAUGUCAAGGAUCAGUCAUGUAGAGAAGUACAGCAGGUUCAGCAAAGGGUGGGCCAGAAGGAUCACGAGCUGAAAUCCUUACCAGUGGAAAAGAAUGGUCUGGAAUCCAAACCUCCGGGUUCUUUGUGUGAGCAAGCAGUUAUCGACGUGGUUGUUMAGAAGGAACUGCUUCCUGAAGUACCUGUACAUACGGAAUAUUUUGAGGAGGAAAAACGGGUUAACGAGCUGAAAAAUGAAGUGGCUGAACUGGAUAUUGUGCUCAUAAACAAACAACUGGAAGAGCUGGAGAAUUUACACACAGAACUGGAGACGUGGAAAGCAAAAUCUUUGUGUCAGAAUCAAGAGGCCYUCCCCAGCACAACAGGAUCAAACAGAGGAGAACUGCAAACCACAGAGCCCACAGUGCCCUGCUGGGACAGGCUGCUUCAGGAGCUAGACACUGUUAAGGCAGUGAAACAACAACAGUACUGCUUAGUUAGUGAGUACCAGAAAAAUCUUUCUGCUGCUCAAUCCUCAAUGAAAAAUUUGUCAACAGAAAAAGAUAACAUAAAAACGGGUCCUAUGAACAACACAGUUCUUCUGGAGAAAAUUAAAAUGUGCAUAGAGUCAUUGCACAGAGAAAGGGAUGUUUUGAACCAGUUGAAAACUCAGCAGGAAAAUUUAUCUCAGCAUUUAACGUGCAUGGAUAAAGUGUUAACAGAAAGCCAGAUGAGGCAACUGGAGCUAUGGUGGCAACACAUGGAGCAAGCAGUGCAAAAGAAACACGAUCAAGUUGUGGCAGAAAUCAAUGAGUUUAACCUGCUUAUGAGCAAAGCACAGGAUAUUCAGAGACUGAUACAAGAGCAGUACUUACAAGGAGAGCCGAGUUCCUCAGCUGGAGGAAAAGCCAAAUACYCUGUGCUUUGGACCACAGAGCUACAGGACAUUAAGCAUGGUCUUUUUCUAUUAAAAAGGAGGAUUGAACUGCAGAUGAAAAGGAUAUGGAGUGAGCAAGAAAAGAUAGCUUUGGAAAAUUCCAUACAUGAUUUGCAGAGCAAAUUGGAAGCAUUAUGUGAGCAUCAAACCCCUCAAGAGGAUGUUAGGCUCCUUAGUCCUGCUGUCAAGAAAAAUGAAAUGACAAAGAGGCUGAAGGAGAAUAUUUCAUGGGUCAAAGAUUCACUGUCCUUCCUUGAUCAGAAAGCAGCACUUUUCCCCAGUGAGGUUAAAUCACAGAUCAGAAGUUGUCAGCAGAUGAGGACAGAAGUCCUAGGCAGAGAGACGGUGAUUGCAUCGCUGGAUGAAGAGCUUCAACGCAUCAGUCCCAGCUUAAAGCCAGAGGAGAUCACUGACAUGACUUUCCUCCUGCAAGCACUGCAGAAUUCCUACAAGGCUCUCGUUUUAAAAUCAGCUCAGAGAUUGCAGCAGUUAGAGCUGCAGCUGGAGGAGAGGCAAAAGCUUAUUGCAGAAGUAGAAAAAGUUCACAGUCAGCUGCGAGAUGCUGAGACACUUGCCAGGCCURCUGUGAACCAAAGCAGCACGUGGGCUGAAUUAAGCCAUCAGCAAUCCACUUUGAAGGAAAUUUUAAAAGAAACGCAGGAAAUAGAAGGACUUGUCUCAUCCCAUUGUAAAGAGAGCCAGGCUACAGCUGGGGAACUGAGCUUAUCUGAAAAAUUAUUUCUGAUUGACCAGUUAAGAAGUUUGAAGAACAGAGCAAGGAAAACACAGAGGCAAAUUCAGAGUAAGUGUCAUGAAGUGGAAAAAAAGAUAGCUAUUUGCAGAGAAUUAUCAGAAAGAAUAACUUCAUUACAGCAAGGUCUUAAUGAUCUACAGUGUGAUGAAAUGAACCUGGGAAAUGAAUUAUUAGAUGUCAAGCAGGAUGCUAAGGAUAAAUGCAAAGCACUUAAAGAAAAAGUGUUAGCUUUUCAGUCUGAUCUCUCACAAACAAUGAAGUAUAAAGAAAUAUGUGAAUGCAUAGGUCUAAAUUGGGACUCACUGCAGCUUGAUCAAUUGCAAACUCAGUUUUUAAAGAUUAAAAAGAAAAUUGAAAAGAAGAUAAUGCACUUUGAUGAUGUUCUUAGGGAAUGUGAUAAGCUUCAAGUAUUGGUAAAUGACAUCCACACUAUGACAUCUCAUACAAGAAGAGAAGCUAAUAUACUAAAUGAUAGCCCUAGUUCUUCUCCUGCUGUGAAUCUUAUAUGUGCGCAGAUUCUGCUUCAUACAAUUCAACAAAUCAUGAACUUAACCCAAGAAGUAGCAAAUCAAAUAAAAGAAAAUGAAGUAUUUGAUACACAAUUCAAAGAAUUUAAGAUGCAAGAAAUCAAGAGCCUGGAAAAAGAUACUGAGGGACUGAACCACUUUCUGCAAAACAUGCUUUCUGGUCUCCAGUGUGUGAAGAAGGACGAUAUCCAGAGUGAAGCAGAACAUAUACUCAACACCAUAAAGCAUUUUCAAUUAGAGCUCCAGAAACCACUUUUGGUAGACAUGAAGAUGAUACAGUAUGAAAAGAUGCGAUGGGAAGCAAUUCAAAAUAUGGUGCCAGCAGUGUUUUCUGCUAUUAAAUUAUUACUGGAAAAAGAGAAGAAAAAUCAAGAAGAAAAAUCUCUUACAGCUGAUAUAGAAGCAAAAUUAGAGACACUGCAAGAUCAUGAAAAACAAUUGAAGGCAGACAUUGAAGCCCGUAUUAGUGAACUGAGUGAGGCCCAUGAGACUGGAGAGCUUUAUACCAAGGCUUUUCAGAGAGCUCUUGAACUCCUCAAUGACUACGAAGCUAAAAUUUGCUCUGCCACAGCAGAACCUGGUGGUUUAGAAGAGAGCCAUGAAAUCCCACACUGGAGACAAGAAGAGUUUGACUCUGCAAAGGCUGACAUGGAAAAUCUGUACUCCAAGCUGAAAAACAUAGUGAAACCAGAAGAUAAAAUGCAUCUCGAAAAUACUUCUAGAGAACUGGCCAAUAGAAAUUCGACAUUAAAGGAGAAGGCUCAAAGAAAGGAAGGUGAUGAGCAGAGGUAUUUGGACAAGCACAAAAGCUACACAAAAACCAAAGAUAAAGUGUGUGAUGAUCUAAACAAACUGGAGAAAAGGCUUACACAGUCUUUGACUCAAAUCCCCGUGUCUUAUAAGGAAGCUUUGGAACAUUURGAAGAAAGCAAGAUUUUAGUCUCCAGCAUUGACUCAGUUGAAGAUGAUCUUGUGAAGCUGAGGCAGGUCUCAAGAGAGCUGACCAGGUUGUGCAAGGGAAGUGACCAGGCACUGGGCAGGAUUGUCACAACACUCUGGGAAAAGUGGCUGGGUUUGCUUGAGAUGGCUAAAGGCCUGGAGAUUAACUGUGAAGAACUAAAGCAGGAAUGGAAAUUCAUCAGUGAAGAGCUGGAACGAGAAACGAUAAUUCUCGAUAAGCUCCAGGAAGAACAGCCAGAAAGUCUUAAAGAGAAAGAAAAAGCCAGCAGAGAGGAACUGGUGGAACUGCUAGAUUCUGUCAACUCAUUUGAAGAGAACAUCAACCGACAGCAACUCCUCUUGCUCUUACUUCUUCACCGAGUAAGAAACAUCCUCAAUGUGCCUGAAAAUACUGACGUGGAGGCUACUCUUCCCACUUUGCAUGAGAUAAAGGCGAUGCAAGACCGCUGUAAGAAGUUGUAUAAAAAGGCUCAAGACCAUAAGGAUUCUGUACAGUCUGAGAUUCAAGAGCGGGACAAGAUCAAUGAAGAAAUAAGUGCUGUGAAAAAUUCAUUAGAGAGCGCUGCAUGUUUCUUAWCACAAGAUGCUACCAAAAAGGCAGGACAACUGGAGGAGAUUCAGAAUCUGAUUGGCAAAGAGACUCAAACUCUUCAGGGUAUUAUGGAGAAACUCCGGAUCAAGUAUUCCGAAAUGUACACACUAGUGCCUGCCGAGAUUGAAAUGCACCUAGAGGACUGCAAGAAAGCAUUACAAGACCUGGAAGACAAGGUUAGCACUGAAAUCUUGCAGAGCUCUCCUCAGUAUGUGCUGACAAGAAAAGCAGAGGCUAUUAACAGUGGCCUUCAAGCUAUUGAAAAGAUGUUGCAACAGAAGAGUGAAAAUGUUGCAAAAGCCAAAGAAAUUCAGAAGCAAAUCUGGGAUAUGUUGGACCUUUGGCACUACAAACUCAACGAGCUGGACGCAGAAGUGCACGAUAUAGUGGAACAGGAUUCCUGCCACGCACAGGAGCUCAUGGAUAUCUUAGUGGCCCCCCUGCAGCAGUACCAACAGGUCUCACAACUUGCUGAGCGCAGAACUGCCAUUGUAAACAAGGCUGCCAACAAGAUGGAGGAAUAUGAUGAACUCUUGAAGAGUAUGGAAGUUUGGAUAGAAAACACCAAUUGCUUGCUAAGAACAGAUGCUCAAAAUGAUUCUGCAAAAAGUCUUAGCAGACACGCAGAUGCCCUUCAAAUGGCUUUGGAAGACUCAGAACAAAAGCAAAAUCUUCUGCACAGUGUCCACUCAGAACUGGAGGAGUUAACACCAGUCUUUGAAACAGAAAGUGUAAUGCAACAGCUCAGUGAAGUAGACGGUCAUAUAACAACUCUACAACAUGAGAUUGUAGAGGUCCUUCCACAGAUCCAGCAUGUGGCUGAUGAAUUAGAUGCCAUUGAAUCUGAUGUGAAAGUGCUUGAAAAGGAUAUUACCAAAAUGAAGACACUUCUGUCAUCGGAAGAUUUGCUAGAAUAUUCUCCUAAAGACCAUCUUAAACAUGGACAGGUUAUACUUGACCAUGUUGGGCCCAUGCAGAAGACCAUUGCUCAUAUACAGUCAUAUGAAGAAUCACUUCAACUGCCAGGGGUGAAAUUCCAACCUUUUCCAGUUUUCCAAAGGGCAAGACAACUUUUGAAAGAAUUGAAAAAAUUAGAAAAAAUCACUAAGGAGCAGAAUGAGCUACUGGAGGAAUCUAUAAAGAAAACAGAAGAAUGCGAGCAAGAAAUUGAGAAGUUGAAACAGUUCUUAAAGAACCACUUGAUUGAAGUGUCACACGAGAAUCAGCCACUGGCCCAUAAUACAUCUUGUCCUGAGGGAGAAAUGGAAGCCGUAAAAGAAGAAAUCAUCAAGCUGUGCCAAAAGAAGGAAGAUAUCCUUGCCAGGAUGGAGAAUUCAAUGUCUGAUCUUUACCAGCGCUUACAGCAAGAAGUGCCUGAACCAGAAGAUGAAGCCACAGCUUCUGUGUUAGCAGAAAGUGGCUUGAGUGGGACCGAUGUUCCUGAGCAGCAGUUGAGAAAAAGAGGAGUUUUGUCUCUUCUGCCUUCUGUAGAUGAAGAGUCAGAAGAUGGUUCUUUCCACAGUAAGGAGAGUACGGCCGCAGAGCCGGGCGGGAGCUGCUGGCCUUCAGGGAGAGACCAUGAAAGGUCCAGGGAGGACAGCGCAGCAUCCUGGUCUUCUGGCACCCUCUCGGAUGGCAUUGCUCAGGAUGCUGAUGAGAUAAUGGAGCCAUGCGGGAAACAUGGUGAGGAAACAUCUCCCCAGGCUCUGCAGAGCACUGAAGGCGCUGGCCCAGGCCUGGGAAGUCGGGACAUGAGCGCCGCGCCGCCUCGCGCCACGCAGGGCUCCCGAGGGCGAGCGGGGCACGCGGCGGGCGCCGCGCAUGGCGGCGGGCCCGAGCCCGGGACGACGCUGCGGGCGUGCCAGGCCCGCGUGGCCGAGCUGGAGCGAUGGCUCGAYGCGGCUAGAGGCUCCCUGGCCUCGGACCCCCAGAGCCCCGAGAUGCAGCAGAUGGUGGAGCGGCAGCUCGCCACGUGCCAGGUGAUGUUAUCAGAGAUUGAACAAAAGGUCCUUUCUCUGCUGGAAGAUUGUGGGGAUAGCGCAGGCCACCAGCAAGAGACAGAGGCUCUUUCCUUGAAGCUGAAGGAAGUGAAGUGCAAUUUGGAAAAAGUCCAGACGAUGCUUCAGGACAAGCACAGUGAUGAGCAGGUUCACAGCAUUGAGCAGGUUGACUUGGAGCCCCCCACCCUCCUGCAGCCCAAUGGUGCCAGCGUCGCUCGUAGUGAAGAGCCGCCCGUCCAGCACAGCAGUGUCCACGAGCACCCACAGGAUUUGAAUGUAAAGCCAACUGAGCAGAAAAGCCUCAUAGACUUCAUUGAGUCCUGUGUGGAAAAAAUGCACCUACAGUUUGAUGAGAGUGUGCCUAAGAAAUUAAUACCAAGCAAUGAAGAAUCUGAUCCAAAGACAGAGCUGGCUGGACCUACUUCAUCUCCAAAGGACCAAACUGGUAAUAAAUGGCAAUAUUUACAACAAGAGCUGUCAUCAAAGAUGAAGUCUCCUCUCUGCCAGCUCGUGGAACCUCAGAUUACAGCAAAGAUGAACAUGCUGCCCCGGGGCACAUUCAGUAGUUCUGGGGCCCCUACAGUGGAAGAACUGAAAACUUACACUGUCCAGUUGGGAGACAUAAGCCAGGAAGCAAAUGUGGUACAUGCACAGGAAAACGUGACGGGGGAAGUCUCGUCCAAUUUGGACAGAAAACUGUUUGAGCUGCUUCUGGCCAUCAGCCGGUGUUUGAAUAACAUGGAGGAGAUGCUGAACACCUCGGUCCUCUCCACCGAGGAGGCAGCUGUGCAGCAGGCUCUGUACGAGACUCUUUCCGUCGAGCUGCAAAAACUUCAUGCUGAUCUGAGUGAUAAAAAGGAUGAUCUCUUAAAGUCUAUUACCUGCGCUGGUGGGAGUACAGAUGUGUUCUGCGAAUGCUUUAACAACUUACAGGCACGGCUGGAACAAACUCAAGCUGCCACUGCUUCAAGGAGCAAUUCAAUGAAAGCUGGGCUGGAUCAUAAUAGCAAUUAUCAGAAUGAAACCAGGCUGCUGUAUGAUCAAUUAACUGAGAAAAAAGCUGCUCUGCAACAAUGUUUAAGUGUAAUACGUGGACAUAAUGUUUCUGAGCAGCUCCAGAAAAUUGAUGCCUGUGCUUUGGAGCUGCAAAAUCUUGAAUCCCAAGUAGCAAAACUGAGAGGUCACGGGGAAAGAUUUCAGUUACCUGUAACAUUAAUCCAGGAAGCCUACAAGUUAGAGGAURUUUUGGAUGACAUGUGGGGAAUUCUGAGAGCAAAAUACAUGGAGCUGAACUCUCCUUCCAUCAGUGAAAGCCAGUAUGAGGAUUUACUUCAUGGGUUUGCAGAGCUGGUAGCUAUUGGAAGAGAGAGGAUUGCACAAGAUCCAAAGCAGCUAACAAAAAACAGAGCAGCUUUACAGUCUCACCUGGAAAAUCACAAGGGCUUUUUCCACAAGCUCAUGACCCACAUGACUUUUAUGCAAAUGUUUUCCAAGAAAGUGGCUCCCUCCAUUCUACAGAAAAGAGAGAAAUUCUGGAGAGACCUGGUGAACGAAGUCAGAUUGCUGGAGCAGAAGGCUUGCCAGUAUGGGAUACGCCUAGAGGGCUUGUUAGAGGAAUGGAUAGAAUUUGAUAAUGAAUGCCURGCUUUCAAUAAGGAGUUAGAGGCACUUGCUUCUAUGUUGCCUUCUGUGAGUUUGGUCGAAGAAACAGAAGAAAGAUUGAUGGAAAGGAUUGCAAUUCUCCAGCAAAUCAAAAGCAAUGUGGAUGAAAAGCAUGCCAGGCUGUACCAGAUGGUAAAAGAAGGGAAGAAAUUGCUGACUGCUGUGAGCUGUCCAGAAAUAACAAGCCAGAUUGGGAAGCUGGAAGAGCAGUGGUUGUCCCUAACCAAGAAAGUUGGCCAUGAACUACACAGACUUCAAACAUUACUCAAACUUUUGGUCAGCUACAACAGAGACUCAGAGGAAUUAAUGAAGUGGUUGGAUUCUGCUCAGCAGAGAAUGAAUUUUUGGAAAGAGCAGUCUCUCAAUGUGUCACAAGAUCUUCCCACCAUCAGAGAUAACAUCAGCAACUUGUUUACAUUCUCUAAGGAAGUUGAUGAAAAGUCUUCCCUGAAGUCAUCCGUGGUGAGCACUGCCAACCAGCUCUUUCAUGUGAAGCAAGCUGAUACUGCAGCACUUAGGUCAUCGCUGGCAAAGUUUGAGCAGAAAUGGGGAGAACUGAUUACACAGCUCCCAGCCGUCCAAGAAACGCUUCACCAGCUUCAGAUGGAGAAACUAUCAUCACGGGAAGCCAUUGGUGAGCUAAUGACCUGGCUGGACCAUGUGGAACGACAGCAGAGACACAAAGACCCUAUAAAUUCACAAAGUAGUGCUGCCGAGGUCAGAAGUCUCCUUCAGAAGUACAAGGAAUACAUGAUGGAAAUGAACUUUAAGCAGUGGAUGGUGGAUUUUGUUAACCAGUCACUCUUGCAGAUGAGCACUUGUGAUGUGGAAAGCAAGCGGUAUGAAAGGACAGAAUUUGCUGAGUGCCUUGGCGAGAUGAACCUGCGGUGGCACAGGCUGCAGGCAUCUCUGAACAGACAGAUACAAGAUCUGGAACAUGUUUUGGAAGAUAUUACCGAAAAUGAGAACAAAGCUCAGACCCUCGGYAAGUGGCUGGAAGCGCAGAGUGAUCGACUGAGGUCUUUACAAACCCCAGCAAGUCUGAUCUCUGCACAGAACACUUUGGACGAUUGCAAGGAGCUGGAAAAUCAACUUGCAGCUAAAUCCAACCUUCUUGAUGAGCUCAAACAGAGUGUGGCUUUGGAGGAUGGUCCAGAACAAACCCCAGGAGCUGCAUCUCUCCAGACAGCUGAACUGUGUAAAAUGAGGGACAGCGUUGCCAGCCAGAUUGGGCAGUUAAGGACCUCCAUGCAGGCAAUCCUGCAGCACUGGAAACUGUAUGAUGAAGCUUAUGAAGAAGUCAGCCUGAUGAUAACAAGAUAUUUGUACUGCAUUGACCAGUGCAAACCUUCUGUGCUAUCACUAGAAGCUUUGAAAAACCAAGUCAAAACUCUCCAGUCUCUUCAAGAUGAGUUAGAGACCAGUGAAGAAAGUUGGGCCAAGCUCCAGGCUGCUGCCAGUAGUCUGAAGAAGAGCUGCUCUCCCUCCUUCACAGAGAUUAUCCAACAGAAAUGCAACGAGGCACAUGCCAGGUGGAGUUCAGUAAAUGAAGACAUCACCGAUCAACUGCGGACAGCACAAACUAUCCUGCAGCUGUGGGAGCCUUAUGACACUUUGUGCACGGAGGCAGCAGCCAAGUUGGAACAACAGGAGGAGCAGUGUAUGCAGCUCUUGGAUGCUCACAUGCCCCAGGAUAACAUGAUAGAAACACUGAAGCAGAGGAUUCAAGAUGUAAAGAGUUUACAGCAUGGCCUUCAAAACAUACAGCGGUGCCGUUCCCAGAUUUCUGAGCUGGCAGACCAGAUAAAACAGCAGGCUGGGGCCGCGGCACAAACUGUUCUUUUGCAGAAGCUGCAGCCACUCAAGAGAGCAUCCUAUUUAGAAAAGAUGCUGCAGCGGAAAUUGGAUGAAUUUGAGUUCAAUCUUUCACAACUGGAGGAUUUCAAGAGCUGUCUCGAAACGCUGGAGGGUCAUGUCAAGAAUUGCGCAGAUGCCUUGGAUAACCUAUCUCUAGAGGGAGGAACUGAUAACACAGAACUGCUCAUGAAUCGUACCCUGGAGCUUGCUGCCCUGUCUCCAAGCGUAGAAAGCCUCAAUGAAGCCAGCAUUAAGCUGCCCCUCAGUGACUUCACUCUAAAGAAAAUGCAGAGUCUCACACGCCAGUGGAGUCAGAAAACGGCAACGGCUCUGGAGCGCUGCAGUGAGCUAGAAGGAAUUCAAACGGAUGAGAAGAAGUUUUUUCAGAAAUGUGAAAACUGGAUGAAAUUCCUAGAAAAAAUGCAAGAGGCUUUAAAAGCCAAUAUUCCGGGUCAAUUUGAAGAACUGCAGGAGCAACAAAGAGUAUAUGAGAUGUUGCAGACCGAAAUUUCUAUAAAUCAGCAAACGUUUAACUCCAUCAUAGCAAAAGUUCUACUCUUCUUGGAAUCUGGAGAAGCAGAAAAAAGAACGGAGUUCAUUUCCAAGCUCACGUUGCUGAAGGAGCAGUGGCAGAAUGUUAUCCGGAUGGUUCAGCAGAGGAAGAAGGAUAUUGAUGGACUCGUGAGCCAGUGGCAACUUUUCAGGAGUUCCCUGAGGAGUCUCGACAGAUUUCUCGAUGAUACAAACAACUUCCUCAUGGCUGUGAAGAGCCAGGACUGCUGUAGCCUUUACCAGCUUAGAAAUUUCAUUCAUGAAUUUAAGAGUAAGGCGGUGAUCCUUCAGAGGUGGCAAGCCUUGUACUCCUUAGUGAUCGACGUCGGGGAGAGGCUGCGCACGGUCUGCGAUGCCGAGACGAGCGCGCGGCUCCAGGAGGAGCUCGGGCAGCUGCAGCAGCGCUGGAGUGACACCCAGCUCCAGCUGGAGGCCACCAGGACGGCGCUCGGUGGCACCGCGCAGAGCUGGGACUGCUGUGAAAAGCAAACGAAGGAACUGGAAGGUCAGCUGAGAGAACUAAAGGCAAAAGUGAAAGUUCCACUUCCAGUUGAACAUGAUGAACUCUACAAUGUCAAGGAGAGCAUUAAGGAGCUGGAGCAGUCCCUGGCAGACUGGGCCCACAGCAUGAAGGAGCUGCGGGCCAUGAAGGUGGAGCUGGCGCACUGCAUCCUCUCCGAGGACAUGCUGGUGCUCAAGGAGCAGGUCGAGCAUUUGCACCGGCAGUGGGAAGAGCUCUGCUUGCGGGUGUCUCUGCGUAAGCAGGAGAUCGAGGACAGACUCAAUGCCUGGAUCAUAUUCAAUGAGAAGAAUAAGGAGCUGUGCUCGUGGCUGGUGCAGAUGGAAAGCAAAGUGCUGCAGACUGCAGAUGUUAGCAUUGAAGACAUGAUAGACAAGCUGCAGAAGGAUUGCAUGGAAGAAAUAAACCUGUUCAGUGAAAAUAAGCUUCACUUGAAACAAAUGGGUGAGCAGCUCAUUAAGGCUAGCAACAAGAGCCGAGUUGCAGAAAUAGAUGACAAACUCAAUAAAAUCAAUGAUCGCUGGCAGCAUCUCUUUGAUGUCAUUGGAGCACGGGUGAAGAAACUGAAGGAAACCUUUGCUUUUAUACAACUGUUGGACAAAAACAUGAGUAACCUGCGCACCUGGCUGGCCCGAAUUGAGUCUGAGCUUUCCAAGCCUGUUGUUUACGACAUAUGUGAUGACCAAGAAAUCCAGAAGAGACUGGCAGAGCAGCAGGAUCUGCAGAGAGACAUAGAGCAACACACAGCCGGGGUGGAAUCUGUGUUUAACAUCUGCGAGGUCCUGCUGCAUGACUCGGAUGCGUGUGCUAACGAGACAGAGUGUGACUCCAUCCAGCAGACGACCAGGAGUUUGGACAGGCGGUGGAGAAACAUUUGUGCCAUGUCUAUGGAGAGACGAAUGAAAAUCGAGGAAACAUGGCGCUUGUGGCAGCGGUUUUUGGAUGACUAUUCCCGCUUUGAAGAUUGGCUCAAGUCAGCUGAGAGGGUGGCCGCUAACCCCAAUUCGUCGGAGGUUUUGUACACGCACGCCAAGGAGGAGCUCAAGAAAUUUGAGGCUUUCCAGCGGCAAAUCCACGAGCGUCUCACCCAGCUGGAGCUCAUCAACAAGCAGUACAGGCGCCUCGCACGCGAGAACCGCACCGACUCAGCCAGCAAGCUCAAGCAGAUGGUCCACGAGGGCAACCAGCGCUGGGAUAACCUCCAGAAACGUGUCGCUGCCGUUCUCAGGAGGCUCAAGCACUUCACCAACCGCAGAGAUGAGUUUGAGGGCACGAGGGAGAGCAUCCUUGUGUGGCUCACAGAAAUGGACCUCCAGCUGACCAACGUGGAGCACUUCUCAAAAAGUAACUUCGACGACAAAAUGCGCCAGUUAAACGGUUUCCAGCAAGAAAUAACGUUAAACACCAAUAAAAUUGAUCAGCUAAUCGUUUUUGGGGAGCAGCUGAUUCAGAAGAGYGAGCCCAUGGAUGCUGUCCUGAUUGAAGAUGAAUUGGAAGAACUUCAUAGAUACUGUCAGGAAGUGUUUGGGCGCGUUGCCCGCUUCCAUCGAAGACUGACUUCCAGGCAUCCUGGACUGGAUGAUGAAAAAGAAACCUCUGAAAAUGAGACAGAUCCCGAAGACUCCAGAGAAAUCCAGAAUGAUCCCUGGCAUAAGAAGGCCAUCAGUGAGGUGCCACCUUCCCCGCAGUCCCUUUGUCACCUUGUGCCACCAACUCAAGGUCACGAAAGAUCAGGCUGUGAGACCCCCGUCAGCGUUGACUCCAUCCCGCUCGAAUGGGAUCACACAGGUGAUGUGGGGGGCUCUUCCUCCCAUGAGGAUGAAGAAGAAGCAACGUACUACAGUGCUUUGUCAGAUGUAGAAAUCACUGAAAAUCCUGAGGCAUAUCUUAAAAUGACCACAAAAACUUUGCAAGCAUCUUCUGGAAAAGCUGCUGCAGAAGCCCAUCCGUGGCACUCGCCGGGUAGCCCAGCGCGCAGGAAGCACCGGUACAACCAGGGCGAGAUGGCUGGGAACGCGUUGCCUGGGCCCGAGACGAGCACCCCCUACAAGCCGGGCUAUGGGAAGCAGCUCCGGCCCGCAGGCAGCGGCAGCACCGAYGCAGUUACGUCUGCUAACGUGAGUGACGAAGAGCCCCACGAUGAGCAGGAGCUGGCGGCUGCCGAGAAGCGGGAGGCGGCAGGCCUCAUUGAUAGAUGGGAGCUCAUCCAGGCCCAAGACCUCAGAAAUAAACUCAGGAUGAAACAGAACUUGCAGCAGUGGCAGCAGCUGAACUCGGAUCUCAGCGACGUCUCUGCCUGGCUGGAUGAAACCGAGGAGGAGCUGGAAGCGCUGCAGAAGGCGAAGCCUCCCAGCAGCCUGCAGGAGCUGGAGCAGAGGGUCAGGAAACUGAGAGACCUGCUUAAAGCCUUUGAUAACUACAAGGCUGUGGUGCUCUCAGUUAACCUGAGCAGCAAAGACUUCCAGCAAGCAGACAGCACCGAGUGCAAAGAGCUGCAGAACCGGCUCCGGCAGGUGAACCUGCGCUGGGAGAAGGCGACCCAGGCGCUGCACGGCUGGAGGAGAGGCCUGCAGCAAGCCCUGCUGCUCUGCCAGGACUUCCACGACCAGAGUCAAAGGUUGCUGCUGUGGCUGGCCAGUGCUGAAGGCCGGAGGAGCGCGGCACAAAUCACGGAUCCAAACGCUGACCCGCACACCGUGCUGGAAAGCCACAAGGAGCUAAUGCAACUGGAGAAGGAGCUGCUGGAACAGCAGCUUAAAGUAAACUCCCUCCAAGAACUCUCCACUUACCUGCUGCUUAAAUCAGAUGGGGAAGAUUACAUUGAAGCUGAUGAAAAGGUCCAUGUUAUUGGAAAGAAACUGAAACAGCUUAUUGAGCAGGUUUCACAUGACUUGAAAACAAUACAAGGAAAUCUGGACAGCAGUGCAUUCCUGCCAGUCCCGGGUGACGUGGACUCAGGAGCCCAUCACCCAGUGGCAGCCAGAGCCAGCCCUGCUGUAAAGAAGGCCACCUUACGGAGACCUGUAACUGGCAGAAGCAAAAGCAGCACCAGGGCCGAGGGCCACUCGUGCGCUCCCCGGGCGGCUCCGGGCUCCCCGUCCUUCUUCUACCGCGUGUUCCGAGCGGCUUUGCCCCUCCAGCUGCUCUUCCUCCUGCUUCUGCUGCUGGCUUGCAUGAUUCCGUCCUCCGAGGAGGACUACAGCUGCACGCAGGCCAACAACUUCGCCCGCUCCUUCUACCCCAUGCUGCGCUACACCAACGGGCCUCCCCCCACUUAGAGAGCAGCCUGGCAGGAGUCAGCUCGACCAGACCCACGCGGUGGUGCUUGUGCUCCUGCUGCUGGCGACCCUCGGAGCGGGAGGGCUCCGGACGGAAAAGCUGCAUUGGGGCCCCAAACAGCACCCGUGUCCUGUGCACCCCUGCCCAGCUGCUGCACCUAACUAGCACAGGGAAGGUGUUCGUUUUCACCACUCAAAAUGUAUAUCUUGACAGMAUUGCAACUCUUUUUGUACAGAAAACCAACUUUUUUCUAGAGAUUUUUAAACUAUAAGCAACACUUUAUACUUUGAUGCAAUAGAUCCAGUUUUUGUAGCUACAGUCCUCUUAAGCUUACUGAGUUAUCAAAUACAAUUCAAAAAAACUACUGAGUGAGUAGAUGCAGAAGCUACAUCACAGUAAUGUAAUGCAGAGCAAUCGCUCAUGGGUGGGCAGGAUAAACUUGCAUUUUAAAAAAAAAGAGGCACUUUGCCUGCAAUGACAAUUGCACACAGUUCACAUUAUGUCUAUCUUUUGAUAUUCAUAAAAAGAAAAUUUACAUUUUUUUUGAAUCUUUGUUUACUCUAUUUGAUUCACCUAACACAGUCAAUGAAAGGGUGCACACUUGUCUCACAUGCAGUGUUCUAGGGGGGAGGACUGCUGUGUUGUCUUUUUAUACCACCUCYGACCUAAGAAAUUGUUCAAUUGCAUGGAAGUGGUUUGUAAUGCACAGAUUUUUCUAGAUGAACUCAAUUAUGUAGACUAUCCCUGCUGUAUACAGAUUAUGUAAUGACUUUUUUUAAUGAAAGAUUUUU